CAUGCCUCAAAGAUACUCCCACCAGAGGAGGAAAGCCAGCACAGCAGCUGCGAGGAGGAUGGAGAAGAGACGCAGGGACCAGGGGAAAAGCAGCAACAACAACCCAACCAGCAGCCACAACUACCGCUCCAAGAAGCUGGCCAUGCUCUCCAGGUCCCUGAUCCUGUGUCACUCUAAGACUAAUGAUGACUGUGUAGAGGAGAGGCAUGCUGGGGAAGUGUCAGAUGGGUGCAGGACAUGGGGUCCCAGCUGGAGGACAGACGUGACUGCUGGGAAUCAAAUAGGGUACAGAGAUACAGAGAGUGGACACAGUGGGACGAUCCAGCAAUCAGCCCUGGAGAGAAGAGGAGGCAGUAAGGCAGACAUUCAGCUGCAUCAUACCACCACACUCAGGGGAAAUAAAAGGAGCAUAAGGAGGUCCUUCAGCAUUAAGGAGAGUAGUAUCUGGAGGAUGUGUGUAGCCACAGGGCCCGCUGAGGAGGUGUGUGGACCACAAAUGGCUGAUAACAGCGUCCAGAAGGAGGGCAAAGACACUAAUGUGGAGCCAGGGAGGAAUGGAGGGAACCUUCAAAGAGGCUGCAGCCUCAUGAGCCCAGACAAGCUGGCACCCUUUAACGGGCACUUUCUAAAUGGCAGUGCUUGGAUGGAAGGGGAGGGAAUGAGGAGCGUUCACAUUAAAGCCUAUAGUAAGGACAUUUCCUCAUGUGAAGACACUCUCCAUACACAUAGUCUGACUACAAACCCAGAGCACCCGUCUCUCAUUUCCCCAUCUGAUGCUCUAUCAUUGCCUGGACACACAGAUGAAGAACUCACAGCCAACAACAACCACCUCAAGUUACCCAUCCCAGAGAUAAAUGAGGAGAAAUGCUGGGAAACAGAGAAGACUGACCAGAGCCCACAAGCACAGACAGCCAGCAAUAGGACACGGUCCAAUUCAACCAGUGUUCAACCUUACUGGAUUGGGAAUUUGGACAGCAUCAUCAUGAAGACCCCAGAGCUGUAUAGCAGUCCUCCUCAUGGGAAUGGCAGUUUAUAUGGAACCAGGAAGUCUCUGUCCCAGCAGCUGGAAUUUCCUCACACCACUACACAGCCUGUGCACCGUCCCUCCCGCUCUCUCAGCUCGGCCCAGCUGGUACAGUCCUGCAGCAACGUGCAAGCCUUCAUAAUCUGUAAUAUUGUUCUGAUGAAGGGCCAUGGCAAGGGUCUGGGCUUCAGUAUUGUGGGCGGGAGGGACAGCAUGUAUGGACCAAUGGGGAUCUAUGUCAAGACCAUUUUCCCUGGAGGGGCAGCAGCUGCUGAUGGCAGAUUGCAGGAGGGUGAUGAGAUCCUGGAGCUGAAUGGAGAGUCUCUGCAUGGUUUGACUCAUGAUGAAGCCCUGCACAAGUUCAAACAAAUCAAAAAGGGUCUGCUGACUCUAGUGGUGAGGACCAGCCUACGUAUGGGGGCACUGUGCGGUCAAGCGCAGGUAGCUCAGCUGUGCAGGUCGCGCUCCCUCAGCUCCACUACAGGCAUGGAAAGGGUCAGUGCUGACAUGGGAGACUACAACUACCUGAACAACACCUGCAGCAACACACUGAGCAUCCCGGGUCAGCCUGCCAAACCAGGAGACCGCAUCAUGAUGGAGAUCACUCUGCAGAAAGAGGCUGGUGUUGGUCUGGGUAUUGGACUGUGCUGUGUCCCAUCAGGUGUCGGAUGCCCUGGGAUCUACAUCCACACCCUGUCGCCUGGAUCUGUAGCGCACAUGGAUGGUAGACUCCAGUGCGGAGAUGAGAUAAUGGAGAUCAACGACACUGUGGUUUACAACAUGGUGCUGAAUGACGUCUACACAGUCCUGAGCCAAUGCGCACCAGGUCCAGUCCACAUCAUCAUCAGUCGCCACCCCGACCCCAAAGUAUCGGAGCAGCAGCUGAAUGAUGCUAUCGCUCUGGCAGUGGAAAACAGCAAACUGAGAAAGGAUAAGAGCCAGUGGAGUAUUGAAGGCCUGCGCAGACUAGAGUCUUGCUCUCACAGCCGGCAGAGAUGUCAGCAUUGUCUGGAGCGGAGUUUCAGUCAGCUCACGGUUCGACGUGCGCAGAAGACCAUGACCCGCUCCUGCAGCGACAACACCAGCAGCCACCACCACAACCGCUGCCUCACCAUCCACAACCUCCACAACACACAUCAUAUCCCAUCAGCUCGUGUCCACAGCCUAGACACACCAAAGUCUAUGACAGACACAUGGUCGGACAACAGACUGUCAGUGCCUCUGUAUCCUGAUGGAGACUAUAACAUCCCAUACAACUCUCCUGCUGCCAGCCUCACCAGUCAGCAGGCCUUGGAUCUGGCCUUCAGGGGCAACAAGUCCAACUGCAGGGUUCGUGCUGCUCCACGUCGGUACCGCUGGCCCCAGGAUGUGACCAGUGAGGAGGGUUAUAAUGGAGAUUCCAGUGGUUCCAGUAGAGGAUCCCCAGUUAGAGACGAAGAACUGGAGCCCGCAUCACACACCAGCUGCCAGGAAGGAGAACGAAUAAGAGAACAGUCAGAGUGGAGUAAAGAAGAUUUCACUCAUCCAGACACUGCAGCCUGCACCGACGACAGCCACAUAGAGGUACUCUGUUCACAGCCAAAGAGAGGAGCUCUGAGGAGGCAGGCCCGUAUAGGACACCAUACCCAAGAGCAGCUUCAGGAUCCCUGGGUUCGCCUUUCAGACAGCUCUCCUGAAGAACUGCCCGAGAUCCAGCACCAACACACUGCAGACAACAAACACUCUGUCCACGCCCACAGCAAGCCUGCCACGAUGAGUGACGAAGAGUACACCGCUGAGGUCAACGGCACAGACACAGAUGGGACCUCAGAUCCUCCGUCCAACAUUACUCCAGAAAACAUGCCUGGAACUCCCCCAGACUCAAAGAGGGGGCCCCCAGUGGCACCCAAGCCCGCCUGGUUUCGCCAGAGUCUGAGGAAAAUUCGAGACGAGCAGGACCAGAAGAAGCAAGCUAAAUCUGCAGAGCAGAGGCCUGCUGUGGGUUUCAACAGAAGCUUUGAAGUCAGAUGUGCUUCAUCUGCAGCCAAGGUGUCAAUCAAACAAAAGAUUCACUCAUUUGAGACUUUUUCCAGUCCAGAGGCUCUAGAGAAGUGUGGUGGAAGGGGCCACAGGAGGCCUGUGAUAGAGAAGGGCUCCAGGAGACACCCUGUGUCACAUGAAGAUUGUGGGAACAGCAAGCAUGAAAUCCCCAAAGAGAUUCAGUCAAACCAGUCUGCAUCUGUUCCGGAGACAGACAACACCGUCUCUGCUUCAUCCUCUGCUAUCACCCCCUCCACUUCGGAAGCUUGUACAGAAAAGUCCUGUGAGGAUGAACCUCCCUCCAUCCAAACUCCAACAGAUCUUCCACCCUCGGACACCUUCAGCACUGACCUGGACUCUGGGAUAAAUGAUUCUAAUGCGGCUCCAUCCCACUAUGACAGCAAUGUCGUACCAUCCAGACAGGAGUCUGAGCCAGAAAGAGUGGAUCCCAGCGAGGUCAAGGAUAAAGAUGAAGGGGAAAGUGCUCCAGAGGGGACGGAGGGGGAUGGAGCACAGAGCGAAGGAAAGCUGCUGAGCACGAAUCUGAGUGCUGGUCCACCUACAGACAGCGACUCCCUGAGAGGCCUGGAGGGAGAGAGUAUAGGGAAAAUUCUUGCCUUCACUAACCAGGUUUCACAAGCACUGAUGCGCUCUCUAACCAUGUACUCCGGCCAUGGUAACCCUCGCUCCCCAAACCUGCAGGACCCACCUGCAUUGGAUUUCACUAACCCUGAGGAGUCUGAGCCUGCAAUGGAGAGCACGGACAGAGGAUUCUCUGUCAGCUUGGCUACACUGAGAGAGUGUACCAUCGAGCGAGGGGAGGGGGGAUCUCACGACGGGGCAGGAGUCACUUCUGCUUGUGCUCACUCUGUCAUCUCAGCCAUCCCUUCACAGGAAAUACAGAGGAUGAUCCAGGAAGUCAAAACUCUGGGCGAAGAGACGCUGAAGCUGGUGGACAUACAUGUUGUGAUUCUGCAUAAAGAGGAGGGAGCCGGGCUGGGUUUCAGCAUCGCUGGAGGGUCUGACCUGGAGAGCAAAGCUCUCACAGUCCACAAAGUGUUUCCCAGCGGCCUGGCGGCUCAGGAGGGCACCAUUCAGAAAGGAGAUGAGGUGUUGUCUAUAAACGGACAAACACUGCGUGGCGUCACGCAUGCUGAUGCCACUGCUGCUCUGCGCCAGGCCCGCAGUUUGAAGCUGGCUGUGGUGGUCAUCUGCAAGAGGGCAGAGGAGGACGGGGGAGAGGGAGGGGGCUGCAAGAGAGAAGUGCCCAACCCUGCAGCGGAGGAGCAGGGAGAUUCAGUGAGUGUGGAGCUAGAGAAAGGAGCUGGAGGAGUCGGUUUUACUCUGGAAGGAGGAAAAGGCUCGAUCCAUGGAGACAGACCUUUAGUCAUCAACAGGAUCUUUUCAGGUGGAGCCGCAGAGCAGAGCGGUCUGCAGUGUGGAGAUGAACUGCUGCAGGUCCAGGGAGUCAGUCUGCAAGACAUGACACGGUUUGAGGCUUGGAACAUGAUCAAGGCUUUACCUGACGGACCCAUCACAGCAGUCAUCAAUAGGAGGCGUGGGGGGACAGAUUGAGACAUAGGCCCUGGGAGCUGCUCGCAAAUGAGGAGGCCAGAGAAAAUAAAAAGAAAACAAAACAAACGAUAGCACUUGAGGCUCACCUGAUGUCUUCUCAUAAUCUCUUAGAAAUCAAGUGUCAGCCAGUCAGUGUGGUCCACCUAUGGCAUAGUGGUUUAGACAACUUCUGAAUAUAUUUGUAUUAUUUCUUAUAUCACCGUUCUGACCGGAUAUCAAAGCGUAUUAAAGGUUCGGCCAAAUUCCCCGGCAAAAUCCACAUCUUCUCUCUUAUCCUAAUUGUAUCUAGCCAUGCACUAAGUGUUGCGUCACAAUUGCUAUGAAUAAUCUACACAUUUUCACUAGAAAAUAGUUCCAAGUACGGCUCUGUAGUUUUGUACAGUGCCUGGCUUUAUACAAAAUCACAAUUCCUGGCCAGUGUAAUGGGCAGAGGAAACCUAACUCAUGCGCACAAAUGAUAAAUCAUGCUCUCACAUUAUUAACAUGUGCGCACAAACUAAGAAAUUGUUAUCUUCAAAAUCACUGAGGUUGUGCUCUUGAAUCAAGUCAAAGAUAACACACUGGCGUUCAACAGGCAAACAGGCUAAAAUCCUAAGUGUACACCCUUAUCUCCCCCAAAACUAAUAACAAACGCCAUAAAAUCCAAACAGCUCAUUUAGAUCAGAAUGUCCAUGGGCUGACAGCUGUCACAGUUAUUUUGCCUGUAUUAGGCUCCAUAGUGGCGUAAGUGUAGCUGAUUGCAGCCCUUGCUGGCCAGUAUUAGUGAAAAAACAACCAAUGUAGCAUCAUAACUGCACAUUAAAAGUGUUGACGGGACAUGGACUAAUGUAAGAAAUGUGAUAACCAUCGAUAUUAAUAUGAAGGAAUGAAUUAGGAAUUUGGAGGCAUGUCAAAUCUAAAACAGCUGGUAGCCCGCUUUUAACACUCUGGAUGCUCCUCGGUAACCGAUUUGAGUAUGCACAACAAACUUCAGUUCCUACUGCUACACUAACGUCACACUGAGUGUUAUUGGCAGAUUCGAUUGUCAGGCCAUGGAAAAUAUAUCUGCUUAGAUUUGAUGCAGUUUUCUUUUUAUUUCAGACAGAGUUGAUUGUGAAUAUACUUUUUCCCCUUAACAGUUGUGAUAUCUUUGACAUCCCUUCAGUAUAAUGUUAAAAUGUUAACAAUAUGUUUAAUACUGUGUUGUUUAAUGCAAACAAAUUAAGUCAUUCAAGAGCAUAAAAUAGUAAUUUGUGCACAUGAAUUACUGAUUCACAAGCCCAAUUGUGAAAACUAAUUUGUUUUAUUUUUCUCCACAACAUCUGCCACCUCCAGAGUUGAAGGAACAGAGUUAAGUCUUCUUUGUACAUGUUCACUUGCUCUUGAAUGAGGUGGUAAAUACAGUCUUUUCCUAAAAUAUACAGUAUAUUAGGUUGAUAUUAGCCCAAACUAUGACAGUCAGAGGCAGUAAAACUUCUUUUAAAAAACACUAUUUAAAAAAAUGUUAUCAGCAGCUUUAGGUAAAAAAAAUAUCAGUAAAUAGCCUUGAAAACCGGACACUGGACUAAGCAUACUUCAAAUAUUGUUUCAUACCACAGUAGUGCUGUGAACCAAGCAGUUUUAUUUGCUCUAUCUAUCACAGUUUGAAACAGCAAGCCCCAAAUCAGGCCAUGUGAGCCACUUAACAUAUCACGAAAGACUGAUUUUCAGCUAAUGUGAGGCAGGUGGUCUCAGAUUUUUUCCCCCUCGCUACAACAGCUUCCUCACAAUUCUGUUCGAAAGUCCACAAAAUGGUUCAGUUUGAUUCAAUUCAGACAUUUUCACAAAGUUGAAGGAGAAGGGAAAAACUACAGGAGAUAGGUGUAAUAAAAGCAACAUCUGUAUAGAAUAAUUCAAACCAAUUGAAAAACCCUGCAACAAAUCUGUCUUGCUGUUGUACUGGACUGACUAAAAUUGUGAUGCCUUUCAUGUGCAGUUGCUCAUUAGGUGUUGUUUUUAAUGCUCCUGUAUGUUUAGUCUAUAAUGAGUAGAAAGAAAGAAAAAAAAAAAAAUCAGUCGCAUGUAAACAAAGAGAAACAUAAAGAGAGUCUAUUUUUCUCAGCAGUAGUACUGUAUGUAUGUGGAAGCAAAUCAAAAACUGUUAAGCACUUUUGUUAACUCAAUAGCUUUGCAUUUCACCCUUCUGCCAUUUUACAAAGUUAUCAGUCAAAGAAACUCAAGUGGAAUGUUACAGAGUUGUAUUUGUGUCUCAAUCCUGAGCACGCAGAGACUUUUUGAGCACAGAAAAAGAUUUUUUCCAAGCACAUGAAUUGAAUUUGGAGAGAAAUUAUUCCUCAAUCCCCUAUGUACUCAAUAAAUGUAUUUGUGAUUAUUAUUAUCCACAAAAGUGCACAAUAACAACACUGACACUAUGGGCAAGUGUCUAAGGGUUUGAGAGGGAAUAGAGCAGGAAAUUUGAGAGAGGACAAAUGUGCAUUUUUAACACUGAAAUUUUAUUGAACUCAGCAUGGUAAUAAUUUCUAUACAAAUUAUAAUUUAUGUGCAUGCAAUUUUUCUCCAUGCUUAAAAUGUCCCAUUGUCUAGUCAGGAUUUACUCACAAGUAUAAUGAAUGUCUUUGUAUGCAACCCACAAAUGUUUCCAUUAAGGUACGCUUGAAAAAAAACAAAACAAA